AUGUCCUAUUCGAACCUUCUUCCCGCCAACGGGCAUUGGAAACAGCAGAUCACAGAGUAUAUUCGAGAAGAUGUACCAUCGUUUGAUUUUGGGGCAUUUGUAGUAGGAGACAAACCCGAAACGGCGAAGCUUUUCAUGAAGCAAAAAGGUGUAAUUUGUGGAGUUCCCUUUGCUGCUGAAGUGUUCAAGCAAUGUGAGCUUGAAGUGGAGUGGCACUUUAAGGAGGGUGACUACGUUUCAGAUGAACAAUUGUCGAAAUCGCUGGGUAAAAUUGUUGUCGCUACAGUUCAUGGACCCGCCAAUAAUAUUCUACUUGCAGAGCGCACGGCCCUCAAUUUGAUGGCGAGAGCCUCUGGUAUUGCCACCCAGUCCCAUAUUACCAAGAAGUUGGCAGACAAGAGCGGAUACACCGGCAUUAUUGCUGGAACUCGGAAAACCACUCCUGGUUUGCGUCAGCUUGAAAAAUACUCAAUGCUAGUAGGAGGCAUUGACACUCACCGCUACGAUUUGAGCUCGAUGGUGAUGCUUAAGGACAACCAUAUAACGUCUACCGGCAACAUUACAGAAGCUGUGAAAAAAGCGAAGUCGGUUUGUGGAUUUGCCGUGAAAGUAGAGGUGGAAGUAAGCAGUGAAAAAGAUGCUAUAGAAGCCAUUGACGCCGGGGCAGAUGUCAUCAUGUUGGAUAAUUUCCAAGGACCAGAGUUGCAGAAGGUUGCGAAGAGUUUGAAACUGCGUUAUCAAGGUUCGAAUAAGGCGUUUUUGUUGGAAUGUUCGGGUGGUUUGACCCUCUCCAACUUGAGCACCUACUUGUGUAACGACGUAGACAUCUACUCGACGUCGUCUGUUCACCAAGGCACUGGGAUCGUUGACUUUUCUUUGAAGAUCCAGUGA